AUGGUGUUGGAGAAAUAUUAUUUCCAUCCCACCACCCUCCUCUUGGGCCUUGUUUCCUUGUGUGCAAUCUCUCUCUUGGUGCUCCUCUAUAGGCAUAGAUCUCAGUUCACCGGUAACAAUCUACCCCCGGGUAACGUUGGCUACCCGGUGAUCGGAGAGACCUACGAGUUCUUAUCUUGGGGUCAGAAAGGCUACCCCGAGAAGUUCGUCUCAGACCGGGUGAACAUGCACUCCUCUCAAGUCUUCAAGACCUCCUUAAUUGGGGAGAAAACUAUCUUUUUUUGCGGCACCGCUUGCAACAAGUUCUUGUUCUCCAAUGAGAACAAGCUUGUCCGAUUCUGGUUUCCCAGCAGUUUCAAAAAGAUCUUCCCUUCUUGUAACAAAACCUCAGCCGGAGAGGAGUCUAACAAGAUGAAAACGAUGCUAACCAACUUUUUGAAGCUUAACGCUCUGCAACGAUACUUCGGAAUCAUUAACCAAAGUACUCAAUCCCAUUUUGCAGAUUGCUGGGAAAACCGAAACGAAGUUCAUGCCUUAGAACUCGCUAAGAGCCACACUUUCAAGCUUGCUGCACGCUUAUUCGUUAGCCUUGAAGAUCAAGCGGACAUUGAAAAGCUCAGCAAACCGUUCUUUCUAGUGAAUGCUGGAACUAUAUCGUUGCCCAUUGAUUUCCCAGGAACUCCGCUUAAUAAAGCCAUCAAGGCUGCCAACUUGAUUCGAAAGGAUUUGUGCAAGAUGGUCAAGCAAAGAAAGGUUGACUUAGCUGAGGGCAAUGCAUCCCCCACACAAGACAUGUUGUCACACAUGCUCUUGUACUGCGAUGAUGAUGGAACAUAUCUGAAGGAAUUCGAUAUCGCCGAUAAGAUUCUUGGUUUGUUGCUUGCUGGCUUCGACACUGUCAGUGCUGCACUGACUUUCAUUGUGAAGUAUCUUGGCGAGCUACCUCAUAUUUAUGAUGCAGUCUACAAAGAGCAAAUGGAGAUUGUAAAUUCAAAAGCCAUAGGGGAGUCGUUAAAAUGGGAAGACCUUCAAAGGAUGAAAUACUCGUGGAAUGUAGCUCAAGAAGUGCUGAGGAUGACACCACCUGUUCAAGGAAACUUCAGGGAAGCUUUAACCGAUUUCAUUUUCAAUGGUUUCACCAUUCCAAAAGGGUGGAAGUUGUACUGGAGUGCAAACUUCACACACAAGAGCGCAGAUUGUUUCCCUGAACCGGAGAAAUUCGACCCAUCAAGAUUCGAAGGAAAUGGACCGGCACCUUACACAUAUAUUCCGUUUGGUGGAGGACCAAGAAUGUGUCCGGGAAAUGAGUACACUCGGGUGGUGAUAUUGGUGUUCAUGCAUCACUUGGUUAAAAGGUUCCAAUGGGAGAAGAUUUUUCCUAGUGAGAAGACCAUUGUGGUUGCUCUCCCCACUCCCGCCAAGGGACUUCCUAUUCGACUUUUUCAUCACCAUAAGAGUCCAUGA